GGCGCGCGGCGCCGCCUCGAUGCGCCCGGGAGACGCCUCGGCGCCCCAGCCCAGCUGAACAGCCCCGAGAGCGCCGCGGCCGGCCCGGGAGGGCGAGUGGGAAGGCGCGGGGAGGCGCGGCCAGCCCCGGGAGACGGAGAGCGAGCGGGCGAGGAGGAGCGAGCCUGAGAGCGAGCGCAGGGAGCAGACACCAUGCCGGGCUGGAAGAAGAAUAUCCCCAUCUGCUUGCAGGCGGAAGAGCAGGAGAGAGAUGAGAGUCCCUACACUAAAUCCGCCAGCCAGACAAAGCCGCCUGAUGGAGCAUUGGCUGUGAGGAGACAGAGCAUCCCAGAGGAAUUCAAGGGCUCCACCGUGGUUGAACUGAUGAAGAAGGAAGGCACUACCCUCGGGCUGACGGUCUCGGGUGGAAUUGACAAGGACGGCAAGCCGAGAGUAUCUAAUCUGCGGCAGGGAGGCAUUGCUGCUAGAAGUGAUCAGCUGGAUGUGGGUGACUAUAUCAAAGCAGUGAAUGGCAUCAACCUGGCCAAAUUCCGCCACGAUGAGAUCAUCAGCUUGCUGAAGAAUGUCGGGGAAAGAGUGGUUCUUGAAGUUGAGUAUGAGCUGCCGCCAGUCUCUGUUCAAGGAUCGAGUGUUAUUUUCCGAACGGUGGAGGUCACGUUACAUAAAGAAGGCAAUACCUUUGGUUUUGUAAUACGAGGGGGAGCACAUGAUGAUAGAAAUAAAUCUCGUCCGGUUGUAAUAACAUGUGUUCGUCCUGGAGGGCCUGCUGACAGAGAGGGCACAAUCAAACCUGGUGAUAGGUUGCUCAGUGUGGAUGGAAUUCGGCUUCUUGGAACCACACAUGCUGAGGCCAUGAGUAUUCUCAAACAGUGUGGGCAAGAAGCGACGCUGCUGAUCGAAUAUGAUGUCUCGGUCAUGGAUUCUGUGGCAACAGCAUCCGGGCCACUACUAGUUGAAGUUGCCAAAACUCCUGGUGCCAGCCUUGGUGUGGCCCUGACUACCUCGAUGUGCUGUAACAAACAGGUCAUUGUCAUAGACAAAAUCAAAUCUGCAAGUAUUGCAGACAGAUGUGGUGCUCUGCACGUGGGCGAUCACAUCCUGUCCAUCGACGGGACCAGCAUGGAGUACUGUACGCUCGCAGAAGCAACCCAGUUCCUGGCCAACACCACCGACCAGGUCAAGCUUGAGAUUCUUCCCCAUCAUCAGACCCGCCUGGCCCUGAAGGGACCUGACCAUGUGAAAAUUCAGAGGAGCGACAGGCAACCUCCCUGGGAUUCCUGGGCCAGCGACCACUGCAGUCUUCACACCUACCAUCACUAUAAUACGUACCACCCUGACCAUUGCAGAGCGCCAGCCCUGACAUUCGCGAAAGCACCUCCUCCAAACAGCCCUCCAGCUUUGUCUUCAUCCUUCUCUCCUACCUCCACGAGUGCAUACAGCCUGAGUUCCCUGAACAUGGGGACUUUGCCUCGAAGCCUCUACUCCACUAGCCCACGUGGAACCAUGAUGAGGAGGAGGUUGAAAAAGAAAGACUUCAAAAGCUCACUGUCAUUAGCCUCCAGUACGGUGGGCUUGGCUGGGCAGGUUGUUCACACAGAAACCACAGAGGUUGUGCUCACAGCAGAUGCUGUCACAGGAUUUGGGAUUCAGCUGCAGGGCAGUGUGUUUGCCACAGAGACCCUCUCCUCUCCACCUCUGAUUUCCUAUAUUGAAGCUGACAGCCCGGCAGAGAGAUGUGGGGUGCUACAGAUUGGAGACAGAGUGCUGGCCAUUAAUGGAAUUCCAACUGAAGACAGCACCUUUGAGGAAGCCAGUCAGCUGCUCCGAGACUCUUCAAUCACAAGCAAGGUCACACUGGAAAUUGAGUUCGAUGUUGCAGAGUCUGUCAUCCCGAGUAGUGGAACAUUUCAUGUAAAGCUCCCUAAGAAACACAGUGUGGAACUUGGAAUAACCAUAAGUUCACCAUCUAGUAGAAAACCAGGAGACCCCCUGGUCAUAUCAGAUAUCAAGAAAGGCAGUGUGGCACACAGAACGGGAACCCUGGAACUUGGGGAUAAAUUACUUGCCAUAGAUAACAUCAGGCUGGACAACUGUUCCAUGGAAGAUGCAGUUCAGAUCCUCCAGCAGUGUGAAGACUUGGUGAAGCUGAAAAUCCGCAAAGAUGAAGAUAAUUCAGAUGAGCAAGAAAGUUCCGGAGCAAUUAUUUACACCGUGGAGCUGAAGCGCUAUGGGGGGCCCCUUGGCAUCACGAUUUCAGGAACUGAAGAGCCUUUUGAUCCUAUAAUCAUUUCAAGCCUCACUAAAGGAGGGUUAGCUGAAAGAACUGGCGCGAUCCACAUAGGAGACCGAAUCCUUGCCAUCAAUAGCAGCAGCUUGAAAGGGAAGCCUCUGAGUGAAGCCAUCCAUUUGUUACAGAUGGCAGGAGAGACUGUCACCUUGAAAAUUAAGAAGCAGACAGAUGCCCAGUCAGCGUCAAGUCCCAAGAAAUUCCCCAUUGCCAGCCACCUGAGUGACCUGGGAGAUGUGGAGGACCCGUCUCCAGCACAGAAGCCAGGCAAACUCACCGAUACGUACCCCUCCACUGUGCCCAGCGUGGACAGUGCCGUGGACUCGUGGGAUGGCUCAGGAAUAGAAGGCAGCUAUGGGAAUCAAGGCACUGGCUUUCAGGCCUCAGGCUACAACUUCAACACCUAUGACUGGAGGAGUCCCAAACAGAGAGGCAGUUUGUCCCCAGUCACUAAGCCUCGAAGCCAGACUUACCCAGAUGUGGGGCUGAGUAACGAAGACUGGGACCGGUCCACAGUCAGUGGUUUUACAGGGGCUCCGGACAGCGCAGAGGCCGAGCAAGAGGAGAACUUCUGGUCCCAAGCGCUAGAGGAUUUGGAAACCUGUGGACAAUCAGGAAUUCUCAGAGAACUCGAGGAGAAAGCUGACAGGCGUGUGUCUUUGAGAAACAUGAAUCUCUUGGCAACAAUCAUGUCGGGGAGCACGAUGAGUUUGAAUCACGAGGCCCCUACACCUCGCAGUCAGCUGGGGCGACAGGCCAGCUUCCAGGAACGGAGCAGCUCACGGCCACACUACAGCCAGACCACUCGGAGCAACACUCUGCCCUCGGAUGUGGGCAGGAAGUCUGUCACCCUGAGAAAAAUGAAGCAGGAAAUGAAGGAGAUCAUGUCCCCAACUCCUGUGGAGCUGCACAAGGUGACCUUGUACAAGGGCUCUGACAUGGAGGACUUCGGGUUCAGUGUAGCAGACGGCUUGCUGGAGAAAGGAGUAUAUGUCAAAAAUAUUCGCCCAGCUGGGCCAGGAGAUCUUGGUGGCUUAAAGCCCUACGACAGGCUCUUACAGAUUAAUCAUGUCCGAACGAGAGACUUUGACUGCUGCCUUGUUGUGCCCCUCAUAGCAGAAUCUGGUAAUAAGCUGGACCUGGUUAUUAGUAGAAACCCCCUGGCUUCACAGAAGUCCAUAGAACAGACUCUACCAGGAGGAGAAUGGAGUGAACAGAACAGUGCUUUUUUCCAGCAGUCGAGCCACGGUGGUAAUUUGGAGAUACGAGAACCCACUAAUACAUUAUAGCGAUGCUUUUUAUAAAGCAGGACAAAAGACAAUAUCUACAUGGUGCUAAAAAAAAAAUCCCUUUAAGAAAGAUUUCUGUGAUAUUUGAAGCACAGAUAAUCAUGUGGCAUUAACUGCAAGCACAGGGGUCUUUUCAAUCUCAUGGCUCAUGUUCACUUCCCCUUUCAAGUUGAAGAGGUUUCUUUGUUGUUGAUCACUAUGGUAUAUAACAGGCAAUCCCCUGCCAAGACCAAGGGUAGAGAAAAAGAAAAACAGCUAGGCCACCCCUCUCUACAGUUAACAUCAGAGGAAAUUUUUUACAAGUCCAUCUUCCUAUUCCUUUUUAAAAAGAGAAAUAUCUGUUUGAAAAUGUUCUCUAUGAUAAUUUCCUUCAUUCACUUUGAAAUCAGUUUCUUACUACAAAGUCAUUCAUGUAAGAAUUUAACCAACAAGGCUUUUCAUAAAGCUGGCUCUACUAGGAGAACUAGUUUGGUGAACUGCUGGGACUGCUGCUAUGGGAGGGGUACAGGUAUAAAAUCAUCUUACAACGUUUCAGCAAUGAUGCACGUAGGCGACCAUAAUAGGUGGUGGUAAAUGUUUUGCCCAAGUAUAGGAAUGAUUUUAACUAAGAUGUAUGCGAUUCCCUAUGCAACAAAUUAUCAAGCAGGAUAUGUCUUGUGACCUGUUUUUUUUUUUUUUAAGGACACAUUUUUAAUAGCUGAAAAAUCUCUGAUAAUGAAUUAGGGUGUUUGUUUAGCAACACUGAGAAUUAGUUAUCUUAUUUUUAAAAUUCAAGACUAAGAAUUUGAGAAUGAAGAGUCUAUUAAAAUGAGGUUUAUCUUGAUAGGCAAAUCAAACUCAUACUGCUUGACAUGUUUUGAAAACUGAUUAUAUUGAGGGGUGUACAGCACAUGUACUUAAAAAUGACACUGGACUGUCUUUUGUCCUGAGCCAUGCCACUUACUGAAAUUGUAAAUACAUUUUUCACAAAAUGCAUUGCCAAUUAUUACCAUCCCUCAAAGCAAUAAAUUGUGACAGUUGCUUUUAAUGUUUGUCAGCAACUGUUUUCAUUUGUUUUGUUCAGAUAUUUUGAAUAGUUGUUACACUAAUAACUGUUAUUUGGUGAAUAUAAAAAAAAAUAGAUCUGUAUAUUAAUUGUAGAAUCUCCAUACUGAAACAGUUAUUUUCUAAACAAACAUUUUUAUUUUGGUCAAUAAUCCAAACAACUGCUUAGGUAAAGCAUUUGAACACUGUGUCCUUUGUUUAAGGAAAAAGUUCACCUUGCUUUCUUUUUUGUGCAAAGAAAUAUAUUAUUAUUUCAAUCAUAGUUCAGAACUGCCAGGGCAAGAAAGUAUAAAGCAGAAUCAUGUUAAGGAAAAAAAAAAAAAGAUCAUGAGGAGUCACUUAAAUAUGUAUUUUUGUUUGUAACAAACAAGUAUUAAACUGUAAAGUAUUUUUGUACAAAUUUAAUACUUUAAUAGCAUGGUAUUUAUCGUCUAUGUAUGGUUUUGGGGAAUUAAAAAUUGUUGCAAAUAUUUGUAUGGGGAAAAAAAACCCUCUACCAAAUGGAAUAAACAGUGAUUUUAAAAAGCCAAAAGAAAAACAUGUUUUUUGGGUUUUUUUUUUUUUUUUUUGGUGCUUUGAAUAUAUUUUAGUGUUCUAGACUGAGCCCUGCACAAUACUUAUAGUUACAUAAUUCUCUACAGGGGGAAGAUUUUGCCAUAAACUUGAAAAGCAACAUGGAAGAGCAGGAAGAGCUUAGGUUUUGAAAUUCGAUCUGGACUUGAAGUCCAGCUCUGGUACUCAGUGGUGGCAUAAAAUUUAAUUACUGUGAGUCAGUUUCCCCACCUAUAAUACUGAAGGUCAUAUCUACAUUCCAGUACUUUCAUGAGAACAGGUGUGAUACAUGUGAACAUGCUAAAACAGCCUGCAAAGAGGAACACCUCCAAGACUAAUGGUACGUUUACUUUAGGUGACAAAGCUUGAUCUUAACUCAAGGAUCACAUCUACCCUGAGAACAUUAUAUGUAUUCUGUAAAAUACAUUUUCAAAAACUAUUAAAAUAUAAAUUUUAAUCAUGCUAUCUUAAAAAAGUAAAAAACUAUUACCUUAUAGUCCCAACGUUUUCAUUUUUGCAGAUUGCCUAGCAGGCUUUGUAAAUUCACAGGAACAAGGCAGGAUGUCCAUUCUUGCCACUUCUAUUUAACAGUAUGACAAGGAAAUGAAAUAAAAGGCAACUAGAUUGGAAAGGAAGAAGUAAAACUCUACUUGCAGAUGAUACAAUCUUGUGUAUACAAAAACCUUAAGGAAUCCACUAAAAAACCUAUUAAAACUAAUAUGAGUUUAGCAAGGUUA